CGCGCCGGGCCGGCCGCUGAGGGGGCGGGGCGGGGACGGGCGGGCCGGCAAGCGGGCGGGCGGCCUAUGGACCUGGACGUGGACUACGAGCGGCCCAACGUCGAGACCAUCAAGUGCGUGGUGGUGGGCGACAACGCGGCGGGGAAGACGCGGCUCAUCUGCGCGCGGGCCUGCAACGCCACCCUCUCCCAGUACCAGCUCCUGGCCACCCACGUGCCCACCGUCUGGGCCAUCGACCAGUACCGCGUCUGCCAGGAGUUGCAGCCAGGAGCCCGGGUCCUUUUGGGGUCCGAUGUGGUGGUGCUGUGCUUCUCCCUGGCGAACCCCAACUCCUUGCGGCACGUGAAGACCAUGUGGUACCCCGAAAUCAAGCACUUCUGCCCCCGCACGCCCAUCGUGCUUGUCGGCUGCCAGCUGGACCUCCGCUACGCAGACCUGGAAGCCGUGAACCGCGCGCGCCGCCCUUUGGCCAAGCCCAUCAAGCCCUCUGAUAUCCUGCCCCCGGAGUGCGGGCACGACGUGGCCAAGGAGCUGGGCAUCCCGUACUACGAGACCAGCGUGGUGGCCCAGUUUGGCAUCAAAGAUGUUUUUGACAACGCCAUCCGCGCGGCCCUCAUCUCGCGCCGCCACCUCCAGUUCUGGAAGUCUCACCUCAAGAAGAUGCAGCGCCCCCUGCUGCAGGCCCCCUUCCUGCCCCCCAAGCCGCCCCCACCCAUCAUCCGCAUCCCGGAGCCGGCUGCUGACGAAGGCCGGGGCCCCGCCAGCCUCUUCCGGGAGCCCCUGUGUGCCGACGUGGUGUUCUGCCUGCAGGGCGGGCACCGGGUCUUUGCCCAUCGCGUGUACCUGGCAACGUCCUGCUCCAAGUUCUACGAUCUCUUCAUGCUGGAUGUGGGCGAGGCUGCGGGUGCGAAGGAGCCCGCCAGCAGGACUAAGAGCUUGGACGCCGACAGGAGCUCUCUGGGAGUCUCCGUGGCCGCCUCCCUGCGGGCCUCCCGGAGCGAUGACCCCUUGUGCCUGGCUCCGCCGCCGCCACCGCCCCGGGAGCUGUCUGUCUGGGGCCGGGGGUUUGUCAGCACGCGCCUGGAGGAGGUGCGCGACCCAGUGGCUCAGCAGGAGAGGCCCAUGACCGCGGUCUACAUGGACGGGCUGGUGCAGCCGAGCCCCUUCCGAGCCGUGCUGGAGUACCUGUACACGGGGCACCUGGACCCCCGCCGGGCCGAUCUGAUGCAGGUGGCCGCCAUCGCCGAGCUCCUGGAGGUCUUUGACCUGCGCAUGAUGGUGGCCAACAUCCUCAACCAGGAGAGCUUCAUGAACCGCGAGAUCACCAAGGCGUUCCACGUGCGGCGGGCCAACCGCAUCAAGGAGUUCCUGAGCAAAGGGACCUUUGCCGAUGUGAUGUUUGUGGUGGACGACGGCUCUCUGCUCGCCCACAAGCCCCUGCUGCUUGCCGGGUGCGACUUCAUGGUGGCCAUGUUCGGCAGCACUUUCCGAGAGAGCCGGGCGGCUGAGGUCUCCCUGCCGGGCACCAACCGGGCCUGCCUGCGCGCCGUCCUGGAGUUCCUCUACACGGGGCUCUUUGUCCCCAGCGCAGACCUGGACGCCAUGGAGCUGCUGGUGCUGACUGACCGCCUCUGCCUGAGCCGCUUGCAGGCCCUCACCGAGCAGUACGCCGUGGACGAGCUGGUUCAGGCCAGCCUCCAGCAGGUGGAGAUUGACGCUCAGGUGAUCCUCUACCUGGAGAUGACCCAGUUCCAUAAUGCCCGCCAGUUGGCUGCCUGGUGCCUCCACUAUAUCUGCACCAACUACAACAGUGUCUGCCGCCGCUUCCCUCGCGAGAUGAAGUGUAUGUCACCAGAGAACCAGGCUCACUUUGAACGCCACCGCUGGCCUCCAAUCUGGUACCUGAAGGAGGAGGACCGCUACCUGCGCUCCCGGAAGGAGCGGGAGCUGGAGGAAGAGGCGAUGCGCAAGCAGCACCCCCGCAGCAAGUGGUGCUUCUGGCGCCCCCACCACGCCAGCCACAUCUCCUGAGCACCCCCCCUCCGGCGCCCUCCCCACCAGGAAGGAAAAGGGGAGGCAGGGCUGCUGACCUCGCUCGUGCCUCUUUGGGGGCGGGGGGCUGGCGCCGGGGUGGUUUUGCCCCGGGGGCCUCGGGGUUCUUCUGCCCGCCCCCCACCGAUUGGGCAGGGGUGUCCUCCUCCUUGCAGCAUUGUUUACCCUCCCACCUGCCUUCCUUUCGGCUCUGUGCCUCUUGCCGUGGCCGCCAUGCCUUCUUCACUUGGUGUUUACUACGCCCCUGUUGUACCUGGUGCCGGGGGACUUCCGGGGCAGGGCAGACUUGGGGGCCUGCACCCAGCCCUGCUGCUGGUU